UCGCUCGCGCAUGCGCUGUGGCCGCCGCCUCACGGCCGCGCCAUUUUGCAGGGGUUUGAAUGUGAGGCGGAGCAGCGUUUGGAGUGGGUAGUGCCGGCUGCAGCCCGCGCCUGGAAUUCCCUCCUCCGUCUCCGUAUCCCCACGAGGGUCUCCCUAGUCCCUGCCUGCCUAGAAGUCACUGUGUAGUCCAAGCUGGUCAGAAAUUCACCUGCCUGUGUCUCCUGAGGACUGGGAUUAAAGAUUCAUAAACAAUGGAGCUCAGUGAUGCAAAUUUGCAAACACUAACAGAAUAUUUGAAGAAAACCCUUGAUCCUGAUCCUGCCAUCAGACGUCCAGCUGAGAAAUUUCUGGAAUCUGUAGAAGGAAAUCAGAAUUACCCACUGUUGCUUUUAACAUUACUGGAGAAGUCUCAGGACAAUGUCAUCAAAGUAUGUGCUUCAGUGACCUUCAAGAACUAUAUUAAGAGGAACUGGAGAAUUGUUGAAGAUGAACCAAACAAGAUUUGUGAAGCUGAUCGAGUAGCUAUUAAAGGCAACAUAGUGCAUUUGAUGCUGAGCAGCCCAGAGCAGAUUCAGAAACAGUUGAGUGAUGCUAUUAGCAUCAUUGGCCGAGAAGAUUUCCCUCAGAAAUGGCCUGACCUGUUAACAGAAAUGGUGAAUCGCUUUCAGAGUGGAGAUUUCCACGUUAUCAAUGGAGUCCUCCGUACAGCACAUUCACUAUUUAAAAGAUACCGUCAUGAGUUUAAGUCAAACGAGUUAUGGACUGAAAUUAAGCUUGUCUUGGAUGCCUUUGCUUUGCCUUUGACUAAUCUCUUUAAGGCCACCAUUGAGCUGUGCAGCACCCAUGCAAACGAUGCCUCUGCCCUGAGGAUUCUUUUUUCUUCUUUGAUCUUGAUCUCAAAAUUGUUCUAUAGUUUAAACUUUCAGGAUCUCCCUGAGUUUUUUGAAGAUAAUAUGGAAACUUGGAUGAACAAUUUUCAUACCCUCUUGACAUUGGAUAAUAAGCUUCUACAAACUGAUGAUGAAGAGGAAGCGGGCUUAUUGGAGCUUUUAAAAUCCCAGAUUUGUGAUAAUGCUGCGCUUUAUGCACAAAAGUAUGAUGAAGAAUUUCAGCGGUACUUGCCUCGUUUUGUCACAGCCAUCUGGAAUUUACUAGUUACAACAGGUCAAGAGGUUAAAUAUGAUUUGUUGGUAAGUAAUGCAAUUCAGUUUCUGGCUUCAGUUUGUGAGAGACCUCAUUAUAAGAAUCUGUUUGAGGACCAGAACACACUGACAAGCAUCUGUGAAAAGGUUAUUGUACCUAAUAUGGAAUUUAGAGCUGCUGAUGAAGAAGCAUUUGAAGAUAAUUCAGAGGAGUAUAUAAGAAGAGAUCUGGAAGGAUCUGAUAUUGAUACUAGACGCAGGGCUGCUUGUGAUCUUGUACGAGGAUUAUGCAAGUUUUUUGAGGGACCUGUGACGGGAAUCUUCUCUGGUUACGUUAAUUCCAUGCUUCAGGAAUAUGCAAAAAACCCAUCUGUCAACUGGAAACACAAAGAUGCAGCCAUUUACCUAGUGACAUCUUUGGCAUCAAAAGCCCAAACACAGAAGCAUGGAAUUACACAAGCCAAUGAACUUGUAAACCUGACUGAAUUUUUUGUGAAUCACAUACUCCCUGAUUUAAAAUCAAAUAAUGUCAAUGAGUUUCCUGUGCUUAAAGCUGAUGGUAUCAAAUAUAUUAUGAUUUUUAGAAAUCAAGUGCCAAAAGAACACCUUUUAGUCUCUAUUCCUCUUUUGAUUAAUCAUCUUCAGGCUGAAAGCAUUGUUGUUCAUACUUACGCAGCACAUGCUCUGGAACGGCUGUUUACAAUGAGAGGGUCUAGCAAUGCCACUCUUUUUACAGCUGCAGAAAUCGCACCGUUUGUUGAGAUUCUGCUAACAAACCUUUUCAAAGCUCUCACACUUCCUGGCUCUUCAGAAAAUGAAUAUAUUAUGAAAGCUAUCAUGAGAAGCUUCUCCCUCCUACAAGAAGCCAUAAUCCCCUAUAUCCCUACUCUGAUCACUCAGCUCACACAGAAGCUGUUAGCUGUUAGUAAGAAUCCCAGCAAACCUCAUUUUAAUCACUACAUGUUUGAAGCAAUAUGCUUAUCUAUAAGAAUAACCUGCAAAGCUAACCCUGCUGCUGUUGUAAAUUUUGAGGAGGCUCUGUUUCUAGUGUUUACUGAAAUCUUACAAAAUGAUGUACAAGAAUUCAUCCCAUAUGUCUUUCAAGUGAUGUCUUUGCUCCUGGAAACACACAAAACUGACAUCCCGUCUUCUUCAUAUAUGGCCUUAUUUCCUCACCUCCUUCAGCCAGUGCUUUGGGAAAGAACAGGAAAUAUUCCUGCUCUAGUGAGACUGCUCCAGGCAUUCUUAGAGCGGGGCUCAAAUGCCAUAGCAAGUGCUGCAGCUGACAAGAUUCCUGGGUUACUGGGUGUCUUCCAGAAGCUAAUCGCAUCCAAAGCAAAUGAUCACCAAGGUUUUUAUCUUCUCAACAGUAUAAUAGAGCACAUGCCUCCGGAGUCAGUUGACCAAUACAGGAAACAAAUCUUCAUUCUACUAUUCCAGAGACUUCAGAAUUCCAAAACCACAAAGUUUAUCAAGAGUUUCUUAGUGUUUAUUAAUUUGUAUUGCAUAAAGUAUGGAGCACUGGCAUUACAAGAAAUAUUUGAUGGUAUACAACCAAAGAUGUUUGGAAUGGUUUUGGAAAAAAUCAUUAUUCCAGAAAUUCAGAAAGUAUCUGGAAAUGUGGAGAAAAAGAUCUGUGCAGUUGGCAUAACCAAACUACUUACAGAGUGUCCUCCAAUGAUGGACACUGAGUAUACCAAGCUGUGGACUCCUUUGUUACAGUCUCUGAUUGGCCUUUUUGAGUUGCCUGAAGAUGACAGCAUUCCUGAUGAAGAACAUUUCAUUGACAUAGAAGAUGCGCCAGGGUACCAGACUGCCUUUUCACAGUUGGCGUUUGCUGGGAAAAAGGAGCAUGACCCUGUAGGUCAGAUGGUGAACAAUCCCAAAAUCCACCUGGCCCAGUCACUUCACAAAUUGUCUACUGCCUGUCCAGGAAGGGUUCCCUCAAUGGUAAGCACCAGCCUCAAUGCAGAAGCACUGCAGUAUCUCCAAGGCUACCUCCAGGCCGCCAGUGUGACAUUAUUGUGAACUGCAUCUUCCUGACUGGCUGAAACCAAGCAAGUUUUCAACCUUUUGAACUUGUCACAAACUCCAUCUUACAAAGGAGAGUAAAUAUUGCUUUAAGCUGAACCUUGAGCAAAUUAGGUGGUUUAUGUAAAAAUCAUCAGUAUAAGUGGGUAAUUUUCUAGUCUGCAACUUCACAGGACUCUUACUAACAGUGCAGUGUGUGGCACUGGUUUGCGUUGAGCAUUUGCACGGUUUGGAUAAUUUCAGAUAUUUGGCAGACAGUGUGGAGAUGACUAUUGUUAUUAAAUCCUUUUGUUUUGAAGCUGUUGGCAUUCAGAUUUCUCUUGUCCUUUGUACUUUUGUCUGUUUCUUUGAGCUUUUAUUGAAAUGUGAAAAAGUAAAGAAUCACUUGCUAACUUGCUAAGUAGUGCACAUUUCACAGUCAAAUCUGUAGUCAGCAAUUUAAAAACCUCAAAAUGUGUAUCUAAGAGCAUCUUAAGGGUGGGUUUCUAGUGCUUUCUGAUACUUUUGUAAAAAUGAAGGAUUUCUUUUAAACCUCCCUUUUCCCCUUUGCACUCCAUAAAAAUUCUAAUUUCUAAAUUAUUCAAACUCAGA